AGAGUCGCGCAUCCUGCGGCUCCUCCCCUGGGGGGAGGGGUCAGAUAACCUAUAUUAGUAACCUGCGCUCAGUGGAAAGUUAGUGAUCCCUCUGUGUCACUUACAAACGCGCACGACCCCAACGUUACACAAGAUACCAACGAGUCUUAACCAUGGAGUAUGACAUUAGCUUUGACAUCUCUGACAACGUCACUGACAACAACUCAGAGGAGUCUGGAGACUUUGAACUGAACUACCAGGAGCCAUGUGGAAGAGCGCUCAGCAACAACUUCAACAAGUUCUUCCUACCAACAGUUUACGGAAUAAUAUUCAUUCUGGGAAUCAUUGGCAAUGGAUUAGUCGUUGUUGUCAUGGGCUACCAGAAAAAAGUCAAAACGAUGACUGACAAGUACCGGCUCCAUCUCUCUGUGGCUGACCUCCUGUUCGUCUUCACGCUGCCCUUCUGGGCUGUGGAUGCAGCCAGCAGCUGGUACUUUGGCGGGUUCCUCUGUGUGUCUGUGCACAUGAUCUACACGGUCAACCUGUACAGCAGCGUGUUGAUCCUGGCAUUCAUCAGUCUAGACAGAUACCUGGCAGUUGUGCGGGCCACCACCACCAACAGCCAAGACAUGAGGAAGCGGCUUGCAAGCAAAGUGAUCUAUUUAGGUGUGUGGCUGCCUGCAGCCGUGCUGACUGUACCGGACCUGGUGUUUGCCAGGGUGCAGAACACAGGGUCUUCAAACUACCUUUUCAUGGACGAAAGCAUGGAGACUGGAGACUCCAGGACCAUCUGCCAGCGCAUCUACCCGCAGGAAACCAGUCUUAUAUGGACAGUUGUUUUCCGCUUCCAGCACAUCCUCGUGGGCUUCAUAUUACCUGGUUUGGUCAUCCUCAUCUGCUAUUGUAUCAUCAUCUCCAAGCUGUCGCAGGGUGCCAAGCCCCAGGCACUGAAGAAGAAAGCGCUGAAGACCACGGUCAUCCUCAUCGUGUGUUUUUUCUCCUGCUGGCUGCCCUACUGUGUUGGCAUCUUUUUGGACACGCUCAUAAUGCUGAAUGUGAUCCCUUCUUCUUGUGAGUUGCAACAAGCAGUGGAGACUUGGAUUUCUGUCACUGAGGCGCUGGCCUAUUUUCACUGCUGCCUGAAUCCCAUCCUCUAUGCUUUCCUGGGAGUUAAGUUUAAGAAAUCAGCCAGGAGUGCACUGACAGUCACCAGUAGAUCAAGUCAGAAAGCGACUCUCAUGACAAAAAAGCGAGGGGCAAUUUCAUCUGUGUCAACUGAGUCUGAGUCCUCAAGUGUUUUGUCAAGUUAACAAACGGUCAACCUCAGAGUCUGUGACUUGAUACUCUCAGGAGAGAAGAAAACUAAGCUUUAAUUUCAAAGAACUUACUACAUUUUGUAUAGAUGUAAAAAAAAAAGGUUUUUAUACAUAUUGAUUUGUUUGCUUCGUUAACUGCAAUUGUGUGUCUUGUAAGGGUUUUUGUUGCAAUUUUUAUGCAAGUUUUAUGUUCCUCAAAGCAGAUUGUGUCCUCAGGCAAUGCAUCAUUUCUAUUCAUUCAGCUUUACAAUCAAGAUCCAUUUUCCCUGUUUUCAUCUUUACAAUUUGUACUGCUGUAUCAAAGCUCGGGCAUACAAUGCCCUUUUCUAUUUUCAGGGAUGGUAGCUGCUCUUGGAAACCUGUAUAUAGUUUGUAGCAUUUGUGUGUUCGCACUUACGUUGUGUGAUUUUUUCUGAAAGCUGUUAUUUAUUGUUGUCUUUCACACUGGAAGUUUUGUAAAAGAAACAAACUGCAUGCUGCUUUUUUUUUUUUACCUUUUAACAUUUUUUUAUGUAAAAAAUAAAAAAAAGUCAAUGCUCUCAUAACGACUGUGUGGUGUG